CAAUAUUUUUCAACAACAAUCCGAACAUGCCCAAAAUACCAGCUGUCAAGAGGCGCAAGCUGACGCCUCCCGCAACAGAUGGAGAGGAUUCCUCUUCAACUCUCAAGGCAGUGCCCGAAACGAACGCCUUCUUCAAGCAGGCCUCUAGCUGGAAUCUGGAGCAAGAUUACGAGUCAAGACCUCGAAAAGGGAAAAAGAAGGAAAAGGAGAAUACCCGGUUGCCUAUAAAAACAUCUGAUGGAGUAAUUCAGCAAGUGGAAGUACCGGAAGAAGACAACGAUGAGGAAAGCGACUUGGAAUGGCUCGGGGCAGACGAAUCCGAGGAAGAGAUCGUGGAAGAGGUUAAGAAGCCUACUGUUCCCAUGCGACAACAGAUUCUAGAGGCAAAGGAAGAGUUGGCACGCAUAGCAUUGAUGUUAAAUGAGGAUCCGGAGGAGAAUGCCGGUGCUUUCAAAUCUCUCGCGCAAUUUGGACAAUCAGACAAUACAACGAUCAAGAAACUCGCUCUUGCAACACAACUGGCAGUUUACAAAGAUGUGAUUCCCGGUUACAGAAUACGUCCUCUAUCUGAGGAAGAUAUGGAGACGAAGGUCUCGAAGGAGGUACGGCGAUUACGAGCCUAUGAGCAGGCCCUUGUUGGAGGUUACCAAGGCUAUAUUCGAGAGCUUUCAAAGUUAGCACAGUCUGGGAAAGGAGGAACAUCGAGAGAUGGAGGCCCGAGCCUUGGCAGUAUUGCAAUUGGAUGUGCAUGUACCCUUCUGACCGCGGUGCCGCACUUCAAUUUCAGGAAAGACCUUUUAAAAAUAUUGGUUGGAAAACUCAGUACGAGGAAGAUCGACGACGACUUCCUCAAAUGCCGCAAGACGAUCGAAACUUUGUUCCGCGAGGAUGAAGAUGGUACACCGUCUCUGGAUGCAGUGGCACUUCUUACAAAAAUGAUGAAGGCAAGGAGUUAUCGAAUUGAUGAGAGCGUGUUGAAUACCUUUCUACAUUUGAGGUUACUUUCGGAGUUCUCCUGGAAAGCCUCGACAAAUCACGUUGAUAAACCCAGUAAGGAAGAUGGCGAGUUUGGAGGCAAAAAGCUGAAGGAGAAGAAGGUGUUUCGGACAAAGAAGGAGAGGAAGUUGAUGAAAGAACGCAAGGCUGUAGAGAAGGAGAUGAAACAGGCUGAUGCUUCAGUAAGUCAUGAAGAGCGAGACAAGAUGCAAGCGGAGACUCUGAAGAUGGUCUUCGUGACCUAUUUCCGCAUCUUGAAGAUUCGUUCCCCGACUCUCAUGGGAGCUGUCUUGGAAGGUCUAGCCCGCUACGCGCAUCUCAUCAAUCAGGAUUUCUUUGGCGAUCUCCUCGAAGCAUUGAAAGACCUUAUUGGCCAUGCCGAAACUGGCGAUGAUGUCGAGGAUGAUGAGCAAGGAGACGACGAUGUUGAAACUACGCGAAAUUUAACUCGAGAAGCACUACUUUGCGUUAUUACUGCAUUUGCUUUAUUGGAAGGGCAGGAUGCACAUAAAGCAAAGUCAACACUCAGCUUAGACCUGAGCUUCUUCAUAACGCAUCUCUACCGAAACCUACACGCUCUCUCUCUCAACCCGGAUAUUGAACUCAGCGCCAAAUCUCUCCAUCUUCCCGACCCAAACGACCCCAACCAUUCCUCUGUCAGCACUACCAACAACAAGAUCAACAUCCAAACAACCACGGUCCUUCUCUUGCGCUCCCUCUCCUCCGUUCUACUCCCCCCACUUGCUCAACGAGCUGUACCGCCACUUCGAAUCGCAGCAUUUACAAAGCAACUCCUCACGUCUUCACUGCAACUUCCUGAGAAAUCCUGUAUGGCAAUGAUGGGGCUACUAUGUAAAGUCACCAAGACUCACGAGAAGAAAAUUGCCGCAUUAUGGAACACCGAAGAAAGAAGAGGCGAUGGGACUUUUGAUCCCCUCAGCGGCGAAGUAGAAGGAAGUAAUCCUUUUGCCACUACGAUUUGGGAGGGAGAGAUAUUGAGAAAGCACUUCUACCAAGUAGCGGCUUUCGCUCCGGACGAACUUCUCUUUCCCCCAGAAAUUCAUACCAAACCUGUGGCUAUCUUCUGUUUAUUGGUACUCCCACUUAUCGCCAAUGCCACUCGAUGUGACAUGGUAUCGGAGGAAAGGCCUGCAAGCAGUAUCGCGACACCCCUCUUCCUCUACGGAGUACGACGUACAGUCCUUGACGACUCUGACAUUUCAACAGAAACGAAAUUGGUUGAACAUAUAAAAGCCUUCCCUUCAGAAACGAAGCCGCUUUCAGACACGGCGAGUUCGUUGGGAGGAAAACCACGGACGCCUUCGUCGGCUUCUUUCAUCCCUGUGGGCCAUAUCUCCCUUGACGCUGAUGGCGACGACCCAAGCCGUGCGGAGUCUUACGGAAUAUCAACCUUCUACAUCUCGAGGGUCUUGCAAGGAGGAGGUCUAGGCCGCGCAGCUAUGGAUGCUAUAGAGAUCGUGGCCACCAGUGAGCCACUGAACGCGAAAUCGUUGUGGCUGUAUACCAUGGCCAAUGAGCAGGAAGAACAGACGCGGCAAUGGGAGCUUCGAGCAAACCAGCCAAAGAUAUCUAGACAGGAUUGGUAUCAGAGAAGGGGGUAUGAGGUUUACCGCAUCAUAGCUCGUGGUUUGAGCCAUGUUGAUGAGCAGGGGAACACAUUGUGGUUUAAUCUCAUAUAUAUGAGAAAGAAUAUUACGUGAAUGCUUUUUCAAGUAGAACUCGCCAUUCAAAAGGAUGGGAGAGGUCGGACCCCCUCCUAGCUUUAUGCCGUUUCUUUUAAAAGAAUUGUCCAGUUCUGCCUUCUAAGGGAUAAAUAGUCUUGAGCUUGUUGCGUAUGAGUAGAAGACGUGUUGCUCCCUCGAGUCUUCCUCUGAUGAAAGACAACCUCAGGCCCCAGAGCGCCGAGAAAAUCAUAUGCAUGGUAAAGCAGAAUUCAAGGAAUACAUAUCUUUUUCUGAACGGG